UAAAUGUCUGAGGGGCAAUAAGAAUUCGAAGGUUAAGAAGGAUAAGAAGGCAUGCACGAGGGAUAAUAAGAGCAAUAAUAGCAAUAAUAACAACAAUAAUAAUAAUAAAAUCAGACAUAACAAAAAUAAAAGCCUGUUGUUCCAAAAAGCGAUCCUCCUCCAGAAGGCGCAAUUGUAUUUGAUUUUGAAGUUUGUGUCGAUUGCGCUUCUCAUGCUUGGUGUACUCAUCAUGAUGAAAGCAAAUAUACAUAAUUGUAUUUGGAUUGCAAAGCAGGUAUUCAAUACGACUUUACUCUUAGAGAUUGAAGCCUAAAUUCCCUAAGCUUAUUGCACAUAUAAUUAUAAGAAAAAACCCUCAACUGGAGCGUUUGAAAUUUCUCACAAAGGUAAACAGUUAUAUAAAAUAUUAGGAAACAUUAUCUUUUCAAAGAGAAACUCUUAAGUAUUCCCACAACCUAAGCUUUUACCUGAAAGAAUCAGGCAUUUCUUAGAUGACGUGGAAAAUAAAAGAGAUCUGGCUAAGUGGGCUACAAAAAAAGAAGUAAAAUAAGAACAACCCAGACAAAUCAAAGAAAGACCAACCUUUUAAACCUAUAUGAAGCAAAGAGAAGAAUAAGAGAGAUUAGCCAAAGAACAGAAAUUAAAAUAAUAGGAGGAAGAAAGAUUGAAAUAGGAAUAGGAGGAGAGAGACAGAAAGGAAAAAGAAAGGUAAGAGGAGGAACAAAGAAAAAUAGAGGAAGAAAAAAGAAAGCAAGAAGAAUAAAGAUUGGCUGAAGAAAAAGCUGCUGCUGAAGAAAAGGCAAGACAAGAAUAAGAAUAAAAGAUUCUUGAGUAAUAAUAAGAAGAAUCAAAUAAAGAAUAUCAGGAAUAAGAAUAACAAUAAGAGGGCGAGAAAUAACCAGAAUGAAAUAUUCAAAGUAAGUAGAAUGAG